CAGCCCUUGGUCAGGAAAUGUGAGCAGGGCUGAUGGAAGCUGAUAGGCAGGACUGAAGUGUUAGCACCAGGACUGGAUGUGACAGCAGGCAGAGGAGCACUUAGCAGCUUAUUCAGUGUCCGAUUCAGAUUCCGGCAAGGAUCCAAGCAUGGAAUGCUGCCGUUGGGCAACUCCUGGCACAAAGCUCCUGUUCCUGGCUUUCCUAGUACUGAGUUCUAGAACGGCUCGAUCUGAAGAGGACCGUGAUGCCCUAUGGGACGCUUGGGGUCCAUGGAGCGAAUGUUCACGCACUUGUGGAGGAGGGGCUUCUUACUCUCUAAGAAGAUGUCUCAGUAGCAAGAGCUGUGAAGGACGAAAUAUACGUUAUAGAACAUGUAGCAAUGUGGACUGUCCUCCAGAAGCAGGUGAUUUUCGUGCCCAGCAGUGCUCUGCUCAUAAUGAUGUCAAGUAUCAAGGCCAGUUCUACGAAUGGCUUCCUGUGUCCAAUGAUCCUGACAAUCCAUGUUCUCUAAAGUGUCAAGCAAAAGACACAACCCUUAUUGUUGAAUUGGCGCCUAAAGUUCUAGAUGGUACCCGAUGUUACACAGAGUCUCUGGACAUGUGCAUCAGUGGUUUAUGCCAAAUCGUUGGCUGUGAUCACCAGCUUGGAAGCACCGUCAAAGAAGACAACUGCGGCAUCUGCAAAGGAGAUGGAUCCACCUGCCGGCUGGUGAGGGGGCAGUAUAAAGCUCAGCUCUCGGCCACCAAAUUGGAUGAUACAGUGGUUGCUAUUCCCUAUGGAAGCAGACAUAUUCGCCUUGUCUUGAAAGGACCUGACCACUUGUAUCUGGAAACCAAGACUCUCCAGGGAACAAAAGGUGAAAAUAGUCUCAGCUCUACAGGCACAUUUCUUGUGGACAAUUCUAGUGUUGACUUCCAGAAGUUUCCGGACAAAGAGAUACUGAGAAUGGUUGGGCCUCUCUCUGCAGAUUUCACUGUCAAGGUUCACUAUGUUGGAGCUGCCGAUAGUGUUGUCCAGUUCAUCUUCUAUCAGCCUAUUAUUCACCGAUGGAGAGAGACUGAUUUCUUCCCUUGCUCAGCAUCCUGUGGAGGAGGUUACCAGCUGACGUCGGCUGAGUGUUACGAUCUACGGAGCAGUCGGGUGGUAGCUGAUCAAUAUUGCCACUACUACCCAGAAAAUAUCAAACCCAAACCCAAGCUUCAGGAGUGCAACUUGGACCCUUGUCCUGCCAGUGACGGAUACAAGCAGAUCAUGCCCUAUGACCUCUACCAUCCCCUUCCUCGGUGGGAAAGCACACCAUGGACAGCCUGCUCAUCCUCCUGUGGAGGGGGCAUCCAGAGCCGCACAGUCUCUUGUGUGGAGGAAGACAUCCAAGGGCAUGUCAGCUCCGUGGAAGAAUGGAAAUGCAUGUACACUCCCAAGAUGCCCAUCGUUCAGCCCUGCAACAUUUUUGACUGUCCCAAGUGGUUGGCACAGGAGUGGUCUCCGUGCACUGUGACAUGUGGCCAGGGGCUCAGAUACCGGGUGGUUCUCUGCAUUGAUCAUCGAGGGAUGCAUACAGGAGGAUGUAGCCCUAAAACAAAGCCUCACAUAAAAGAAGAAUGCAUUGUACCUACACCCUGCUACAAACCCAAAGAGAAAGUUCCUGUGGAAGCUAAGGUGCCCUGGUAUAAGCAAGCACAAGAGCUGGAGGAAGGAGCUGUUGUCUCAGAAGAGCCCUCGUUCAUCCCUGAGGCCUGGUCUUCAUGUACGGUUACCUGUGGGGUUGGCACUCAGGUGCGGAUGGUGAAGUGCCAGGUGCUUCUGUCCUUCUCCCAGUCGGUGGCUGACCUGCCCAUUGACGAGUGUGAAGGACCCAAGCCGGUCACUCAGAGAGCGUGUUAUGCCGGUCCCUGCAAUGGAGAACCGGCUGAAUACAACCCUGGAGAGCCCGAUCUGCUCUAUGGGGGCCUGCAGGACUUCGAAGAGUUGUAUGACUGGGAGUACGAAGGCUUCACUGAGUGCUCCGAGUCAUGUGGAGGAGGUGUCCAGGAGGCUGUGGUGAGUUGCCUGAAUAAACAGACGAGAGAGACCGCAGAUGAGGGUCUGUGCAUGACCAGUCGACGACCGCCCCAGCUCCUAAAAGCCUGCAGCUUGGAGCCCUGCCCUGCAAGGUGGGAAAUUGGGAAAUGGAGCCCAUGUAGUCUAACCUGUGGGGUCGGCCUACAGACCCGGGAUGUCUUCUGCUCCCACCUCUUGUCAAGAGAGAUGAAUGAGUCUGUGGUCCUGGCUGAUGAGCUGUGCCGCAAACCCAAGCCCUCCCUCGUCCAAGCUUGCAAUCGUUUCAACUGUCCACCUGAUUGGUAUCCUGCUGAAUGGCAGAAGUGUUCACAGACUUGCGGUGGUGGCGUUCAGAGACGAGAAGUUCUUUGCAAACAGCGCAUGGCUGAUGGAAGCUUCCUGGAAUUACCAGACACCUUCUGCUCUGCUUCAAGGCUGGUCUCCGAGCAGGCCUGUAAGAACGAAGACUGUCCCAGUGAGUGGCUUCUUUCUGAAUGGACCCAGUGUUCAGUGACCUGUGGCGAGGGUACCCAGACCCGAAAUGCCAUUUGCAGGAAGAUGCUGAAAAACGGAGACUCCAUCAUCAUCAAUUCCUCCUCAUGUCCGGCUUUAUCCUUCUCCUCGUCGGUUCGGCCCUGCAUGUUGGCAGCUUGUGCAAGGCCUGGCCGGCCAGCUCAGAGACAAAGUCCUCACAUCGUGGCCCUGAGAAAAGUGUACAUCCAGCUGCGGAAGCAGAAGAAGCUGCACUUUGCCAUUGGGGGGUUUGCUUACCUGCUGCCGAAGACCUCCGUCCUCCUCCGCUGCCCCACCCGGAGGUUCCGCAAGCCCCUCAUCACCUGGGAGAAGGAUGGCCGUCACCUCAUCAGCUCGGCUCACGUCACAGUGGCCCCUUACGGCUACCUGAAGAUCCACCGCCUCAAGCCCUCAGAUGAGGGCACCUAUGCCUGUUUGGCAGGACCAGCCCAGGAGCAGUUUGUGGUCAAGCUCAUCGGAGGUAGCCGCAAGUUCCUUGCCAGGCCCUCAGGGCCCAGGAGGGAAGAGCAGGUCCUGGCCAGGAGAAAGGUGGGGCCGAAUGAGGCCCUGCGCACCCAGGACAAGCACCAGAAUUGGAUCGUCUUCAACGGCAGCAAGGCUGAGAAGCGGGGGCUGCAGGUGGACCCCGGGAGUCGCUACGAUGACAUUGUCUCGCAGCUAUUGGAGCAGCAGGGCUGGCCCGGGGACCUCUCUGCUUCCUGGGAGAUCCAGGACUCCACUGAGAGGAACACCUCCUCAGAAGAGGACCAAAGCCCAGAGCACCCCUUGCUUCCUCUCCCGUUCACGAUUGUGACAGAGCAGAGCCGCCUGGACGAUAUCCUCGGGAACCUCUCUCAACAACCAGAAGAGCUCCGGGAGCUCUACGGGAAGCAGCUGGUGGCUCAGUUGGCCCAGGACAUCUUCAGGAGCCACCUAGACCACCAGGGCUCCCUCCUCAAGCCCGCAGAGAGGAGGACCCACCCGGUGGAGUUCCUCCCACCAAAACACGUGUCUGGGUUCAGCAGCUCCUUGAGGACCUUAUCACCCCCCGCCACGGGGGAGGCAGGAAACGGCCCUCGCCGACCCCCUCGGAAGCCAACCAUCCUGAGGAAAAUCUCUGCGGCCCAGCAGCUGUCAGCUUCUGAGGUGGUCACGCACCUCGGGCAGACGGUCGCCCUUGCGAGUGGGACAUUGAGCGUGCUUCUGCACUGCGAGGCGGUGGGGAAUCCAAAGCCCACCAUCAGCUGGGCAAGAAAUGGAGAAGAAGUGCAGUUCGGAGACAGGAUACUUUUGCAGCCGGAUGAUUCUUUGCAGAUCUUAGCACCUGUUGAAGAUGACGUGGGCUUCUAUACCUGCAACGCUACUAAUCCUUUGGGAUAUGACUCUGUCUCCAUUGCCGUCACUUUAGCAGGAAAGCCAUUAGUGAAGACAUCCAGAAUGACUUUGGUCAACACUGACUUGCCUGCUGUCACUGUUGAUGUGGGAAGCACCAUCAAAACAGUCCAGGGGACAAAUGUGACCAUUCUCUGCCAGGUAGCAGGUGUUCCUGAAGCAGAAGUCACUUGGUUCAAGAAUAAAAGCCAAUCAAUCCCCACACAUCAUUCACAUGAUGGCUCCUUGCUGAUUGCAAAUGUGUCCUUUUUGGAUGAGGGGCGGUACUCGUGCAGGGCAACCAAUCUGCAUGGCGAAGUGACUGAGAGCACCUACCUAUUGAUUCUAGAUCCUCCCAGGACCUCUCUUCAAGCAGAAGACCUCAAGGCGGUGCUUUCAGCAACUGGGCCAAAUGGUUCCUCCGUGAUGGCAUCUCCUUUGGGAACCCGGCUGGUACUGAAUCCUGGGGAUUCUGCUCACAUUGGUUGCCCAGUAAAAGGUCAUCCAACUCCAAACAUCACUUGGUUUCAUGCAGAUGAACCUAUUGAUGCAGCAAUUGGAUUUACUUAUCAUAUCUUGGCAGCUGGACAUAUCCUACAGAUUGCAAACCUUAGCCAAAGAUCUCAGGGUGAAUUCAGCUGCGUGGCUGAGAAUGAAGCAGGAAUGCUUGUGCAAAAAACAUCUCUUGUCAUCCAAGAAUACGUGUGGUCCGUGGACAGACUGGUGGCAUGUUCGGCAUCCUGUGGUAACAAAGGGAUGCAGCAGCUCCGCCUGCAGUGUCUGUUGAAUGGCACGGAGGUCAGCGCUUCCCACUGUGCAGGAAAGACCAGGCCAGCAGUGCAGCCCGUUGCCUGUAACAGAAGAGACUGUCCCUCCCGGUGGAUGGUAACCUCUUGGUCAUCUUGUACACGGAGCUGUGGGGGAGGGGUCCAGACCCGGCGUGUAACAUGUCAGAAGCUGAAAGCCACAGGGAUCUCCAUACCCAUAGCCAAUGAUGUGUGUGCCCAGUUGGCCAAACGCCCUGUGGACACACAGGCGUGCAACCAGCAGCUGUGUGUGGAAUGGGCAUUCUCUGCCUGGAGCCAGUGCAAUGGCCCCUGCGUCGGACACCGGCUGGCUGUACAACACAGGCAGGUUUUCUGCCAGACACGAGAUGGAAUUUCACUGUCUUCUGAGCAGUGCAGCGCUCUCCCCAGGCCCAUGAGCACCCAGAACUGUUGGACGGAAGCCUGUGGCGUGCACUGGCGGGUCAGCCUGUGGACUCUGUGUACGGCUACCUGUGGGAAUUAUGGUUUCCAGUCCCGUCAAGUGGAGUGUGUGCACCUCCGUACAAACAAGCCUGUGCCAGAGCAUCUGUGCUCCUGGAGACCCAGGCCAGCCAACUGGCAGCGCUGCAACAUCACCCCUUGUGAAAACAGUACGUUCCAACCCAAAAGAGGCAUCUGCAAAUUUUCGGCCGGGCUCCGGGCACAGAGGGCAGCUCUGAGUGCCCAGACGCCAUUGCUAGUAUUCUGGAACAGGUUUCCUUAAGGUGGCGGAGUCUAGUGUUCUUGCAGGAACUCUUGCAUGGGUGAAUGUGUUUUGCAAAAUACCAGGCUCUCAACUCUGUUGCUAAAAGUGACAGGUGCUUUCUAAGGUUCCCAGCCCUGGGCCAGGGAGAGCAUUCUGCUGAAAAAGCCACUGCUGGAAUCAUAAACAUAGACUGUUGGCUGAAAUCCAUAUCAAACUAACCUUCAGUUGAUUAACUGAUUAGUCAUUCUCACUGUGGCUCAAAGAGGCUUUCAGGUGACAGGCAACAGUUUGGACCUGCCAAAAAAAAUAAAUAAAUAAGAGUUAUAAACACUGUAGCUAGGCAAAUAAAGUUUCUGGAGUAUCCGGGGCCACUUUGGAACCACUGUUUUGAUAUUUCACUGUGGAACAUUAACAUCAUUUUUUUCAUUCUUUACAGCUAUUCACCAUCUCGAACCCUUAAGGGAUCCAACUCACUUGGAUUUUGCUAAUAGGUUAUGCUCUCCUCUUCCUCUUCCUAACAUGGGGGACAUCCAGCUUCGUUGGGGAUGUAAUGUUUUUGCUUUCUUAAGCCAGUGGUGGAACAAGUUUAUUGAGGAUCCCAGUGCAAAUAGAGAGGAUAACCCCUUCCCCUCACCAGUGCCUAAUACUUCCUCUUCCUUAUUGGCUCUUUGUCCAGCCACAGGAAGAGGAGUCAGGGAGGAGGUGAUGGCAUCUCUAACGUGAAAAGCCAAUGGCAGACUACAAAUUUGCCAGCAAAUUUGCUCCUCUGUUCCUGAAUGGAGACUCCAUUUCCCUUCUUCUACUCUGGCUUUUAAGCUUUUCGUGUGAGAAUAGGGGAAGGGAGAAGGAGAAAAGGGAGAAGAGAGCAAAGAAAGGUGUGAAUAGCAGAAAUUUGAGAGAGUCAGUUGAAUGGUGAAGACUCCUUGAACAGAGAUGACAGUUUGAGGCAGGGACAGCAGCAAAAUUUCUCUCUCCUGAGUUAACCAUCCCAAGAAUAUGGCUUGAUUGACGUGGGAGAAAGUCCAUUCCUGGGUAAAGUGUAGUUUAUACCUGUCCUCUGGCUCAGUCAGUUUGGCUAUUUUGGACUCGUAAAGUUCAAAGGCCUUGCUACCGCUGAAUCCUGUGAUCCUUCUGUCCCACCUGGGCUUUCCAUCAGGGCAGACAUUCUUCAAUCAAUGGCAUUUAUUCACACCUACUGUAUGAAUGCAGAGCACUGUACAAAGCACUUAGGAGAGUACAGCACACACAAAUCCUGAAGAGGUUCGUAAUUUAAUUGGAAAAGACAUGCAGACAUAAAUGAUUUACAUAUAAUAGGAAAAAGAGCAGAGAUAGAACAAGCAUGUCAGGAUGAACUAGCUGAAUGAAUAAUUGAAUGGAUCAUUAAUAUAUAUAUUAAUUUAUAUAUAUAUAUACACACACAUACAUAUAUGGGGUGAGGAUGGAUAUAAAUGCAUUUGUGCUACAGAUGACUGUUUGGUGUAGGUAAGUUGGGGUGUUCAGCAUUAACAGGGGAAGGUUUCUUGGAGGUGGUGGGAUUUUUUUACAGUGGUUUCAAAAUGGGAGAGCUGCAAUUUGGCAUAUUUGAAGGGGAUGAGAGUUCCAGUCAGGGGGAACAGCAUGAGCAGGGAGCUGGAGGCGGGAGAGUCGCUGCAAGGCACAGUUAGAAGGUGAGUUUGGGAGAAGCAAAGGAUGUGAGCUGGUAGGAAGUGAAUAUAAUGCUUAGCACAGAGUAAGUGCACAGUAAAUACUAUUGAUUGAUUGAAGACAGCCCAUAUGCAAGAUGGAGAAAGCUGGUGGGGGAGAACCAGGAAGUCAAUAUUAUUAAUGAGUUUUUUAUUUGUUAUGGAGGGAGAUGGGCAGCCUUUGGAGGUUUUCAAAGAGAAGAGAGGUGUGCUGAGUAAGGUUUCAGGAAGAGGAUCCGGUCACCCAUCUCUUGUUUGGAUUGAAGGGCUGGGAGACCAGUGAGGAAGCUAUUCUAAGUCUCUAUUACACACUGCUCCCUUGAUCACCUACUUAAAACCUCACUAGGAGCACAUCUCUCCACUCCUCAAAAACCUCUAAUUGCUAUCAAUUUUUAUCUGCCUCAAAGAGCAGCUCUUCAGUAUUCACUUCAAGGUUCUCUCCAACUGACAAUUCAGCUCUCUUCACCCUCACCAUUGCCUCCCAAACUCACCUUUUAAUGGGAUCACACUUAUGACUCUCUCACCUCUGACCCCUUGGAAAUUCUGUUUCCCCUGCCUGGAAUGCCCUCCCCCUUCAAAAUAUACCAAAUCACAGCUCUCCCACCUUGAAAGCCCUCCUAAAACUCCCACCUCCUCCAAGAAACUUUGCCCAAUCGAUUCUGAAUGGCUCAAGUCUUGUAAACCCAGCAGCCACCCUCGGCACUUAUGUAUGUAUGUCUACUCAGUGGUCCAUUCAUUCAAAUAUUUCAUCCCCUCAUGAUCAUGUUUCUUCCUGUUAUAUUCUUGUUCUUCCUCCUCACCACACUCUUUGUAAACAAUUGGUGUUUGCCUGCCUCUAUUAAUUAGAGUGUAAGCCGCUUAAAGGCAGGGACCAUGCCUUUGUUUCUAGUGUACUUUCCCAAGCAUAUAGUAGAGAGCUCUGCACCCAGUAACUGCUUAAUAAAUACCGUUGACUAAUUAUUCUAAAAAAGGAAAUCUUCAA